CCCAGGAUACGCGGCGCUAGUGUUGCCUCGCGGUGUGAGCUUGUGAGCUUCUGGCCCAAAAGGCGAUUACAGCAUCACCAAACACACCCACGACCUCACAAUCGAACCGCGUCCCCAAUCUCUACCAUCUCCGACCCAACUCUCCACCUCCAGGUUCGAACUUCACCAUGGGUUCCGAACCGCAAUACGCGAAAUACCCCCUCCUCCCUCUCGCCCAGAACAUCUUCACCCUCACAAACGCAGCCGCGCCAAAAUCCGUACAGCAAGCUUCCCUCAAGAGCCUUCAAGAUGCCAUCUCCGAACACAAGAUGGCGCCGCUGUACAAGUACCUCGCACAUCCUACAGAGGGCGUCUUAAAUGGAUCGGGCCAGAGCACGUCGUCACAAUCGACCAAGCCUGCGGGACGGAAACCGAGCGUGGGAAUGGUGACUAGCAAGAACGCCGUGUCUCAGGUUGACCUACCGUGGGACGAGGCUCUGUAUGAGAAGCUGAAGAAGGAUAACGAUGAGGAGCUGGAGAAGUUCCAGAAGGAGGAAGAGGAUGCUGAGGAGCAGGCUGGCGAGACAGAGAUCCAGGCAGCUCGGGGGAAGAGGGCUGAGUUCUACGCACGAGUUGGUGAUAAGGACAAGGCAAUUGCAGGCUACGAGGCAGUUUUCGAAAAGACGGGCGUGUUGGGCACAAAGAUCGACCUGGUCCUCGCGAUUAUCCGCCUUGGACUCUUCUACGGCGACAAGGUCCUCGUCAAGAAGCAAGUCGAGCGAGCAUCGACCCUGGUGGAGAGCGGAGGUGACUGGGACCGCCGCAACCGCCUAAAGGCCUACGAAGGCCUGCACCUCCUCACCGUGCGCGACUACAACCAGGCCGCACCUCUCCUCCUCGACAGUCUCUCCACCUUCACCAGCUACGAGCUGUGCUCCUACUCCAACCUCGUUGUAUACUCAGUCCUCGCCGGCUCCGUAUCACUCAAGCGCGUCGACUUCAAGUCAAAGGUCGUUGACGCCCCCGAAAUCAAAGCCAUCCUCGGCGAGGGCGAAGACAAGCUCUCCGCGCUCUCCGGCGCUCUCUCCGCUGGCCCCGGAUCCAACAGCGACGCCGACAUGCACGACGCGCCUUCGCACGCCAAGACAGCCGUCAACCUGACGACUCUCGGCUCCGGGUCAGCCGACCACCCCGAGACCGAGGCGCCGGUUGACUUCUCGCCGCUGGCGCAGCUGGUCAGCAGCCUGUACACGGGCAGCUACCGCUCGUUCUUCGGCGCGCUCGCGGCCGUCGAGGAGAGCUUCCUCACGCAGGACCGCUACCUGUACGAGCACCGCGGGUGGUUCGUGCGCGAGAUGCGACUGCGCGCGUACCAGCAGCUGCUGCAGAGCUAUCGCGUCGUAGGGCUCGAGAGCAUGGCUAACGACUUUGGCGUCUCGGUGGAUUUCCUCGAUCGUGACCUGGCGAAGUUCAUCGCGGCGGAUCGUAUCCCUUGUACGAUCGACCGCGUGACGGGGAAGGGGGUGAUCGAGACGAAUAGGCCGGAUGAUAAGAAUAAGCAGUAUAAUGAUGUGGUCAAGCAGGGGGAUCAGCUGAUCACGAAGUUGCAGAAGUAUGGGCAGGCGGUGAGGCUGAGGGGGAGUGAGAGGGCUUAG